GUGAUUGUUUAUUAUUACAACUUUUACAAACAGCUAUGACCUAUUGCCUGGUUGCCUGACAAGUGGGGCUGAUUAUGACGACGAACCAAGCCUCACGCUAAGCCCCGAAAUAGUUUAAAUCUCUUAGCAUGUGAUGCGUCUCCCUCAGGAAGAUCUAAGAUAAUAGCGAUCAGCUACGCGUCACCUCACUCACCGUGUCUGCAGCCUUGCCAACUCGGAUGUAGAAUAGUGUACAACAUUCUCGAAUAUGUAUCACAUUCAUGUUAGUCCACAGGUAGCAUUUCUGGUCCUGCCUUGAAGGUUUUCUUUCUCCAGUAGAUCCUUCAAUGUGAAAUGUCAAAAUUCUUACGAGACAUCGAAUUUUGACUUCGUUCGCCAAUCGAGGUGACUGCGAUCAUUCCUUCAGUGGGAGUUGAAGGUGAACAACGGGUGUCUGACGCCGACAUUAAAAUGAAUAUGCAGAAGAGAAAGCUCGACGAUUCGCUGCGUGAUGCAGGAGAUGAACCACCGAUCAUACCAACAGAGCCCUUCAAAUCGCAACGCUUGCGUGUCGAACAGGGCGAAGUGUCCGACACACCCGACGAAACCAACGGACCAAACGGUAGAUCAGUCGCGUCGACGCCUGUGAGACAGAACCUUGCCGAGGGGAACCCCACCAGCAGAAACUCGCCUGUUCUCUAGAGGACUCCAUCGAUCAGGGUACGAGGAGAGUCGACCACGACGUGCACAAGAUAAAAUCAUUAGUACCGACUUAAUCGAGGAGUUCGACACGAAUUAUACCGGGAACGACUUCGCGGUGGAGCGCCUUCUUAAGAAACGGACCUGGCGCUGCAAGACAC